AUGGAGGUGAAGGCACUUCAACUCUCAGUGACCGAUAUGAGUGCUUGCUUACUCCAGCGGAUGGCUAGCUUCGAAGAAGAACUGAAGAAAAGCCCUGAGUUAGGAGGCAACCCUAGUAACGGACUGUCAGCGAGAUUUUCAGCGUUCCGUUCCUUUGCUAUUCAGGCAAUCUACUCUCUUCAGCAACAGGUGAACAUCUUGAUCCAAAGCUCAGAUACUACAGAAAUGCGCAGACGAAGGAAAAUUCUGCUUGUGCACGGUGUGGCUGACUCGGAGGCUAAAGAGGAGGAUACCGCAAAAGUUUUGGUAAAGGUUGUCAGGGAGCAUCUCAGCAUUGAUUUACAGCCAUCCGAUAUCAAGAGGUGCCAUAGGAUGGGACGUACAACACGAAAGGCCCGUCCUAUUCUCGUCAAACUUCACAGUGUGGUUCUCCGAGAUAACAUUUGGCAUGAUAAAACCAAAUUAAAAGGUACGGGAAUAACUAUCUCGGAGUUCUUGACCAAGACCCGACACUCUGUAUUUAUGUCGGCGCGAGACAGAUUCGGAGUGAGUCAGUGUUGGACGAGGAGGGGCACCGUGUUUGUCCUGGACUCGAGGGGCAUUCGGCACCGUGUAUCGACUGUGGAUGACCUCGACAAAAUCGAGCCCCAACCUGACGGCAGCGGCGUGCAGCAGCAGACAUCGGGGCAGUCCGGGCAAAGCGGUGCUAGACCGGCUGAUACGGCUGCUGCAAAAGUGGUCGCGCCUAAGGGUAAGCGCGCUGCAGCUCGGAAGUAG